AUGGCGCGCUUUGGCGGCUUGUCCCCGCGGCCCUACUGGGACCUCUGGGAGCCCCAGCUGCCGGGCCGGGAGCGCGGGGCCGCGCCGCAGCUGGACCUGUCGGGGCCCAGGACCGAGCCCGCCCUGUGCUCCCGGGCGGGGACCCCGGGCGCGGGGAGCGAGGCUGGCGCGCCCUGGCUGUGCCCACACUGCACGCCCAUCCAGCGGCCUCGCCGGCGCCAGUACCCAGCCUCGCCGCUGGGAAGCCGCAGCCUGAACGACUUGGCCCGCAGACCCCCGGGCUGCGCCAGGAAGCACCGGCUCCGCGGCGGGCGCGUAGACGAUGCCUGGGAGGAGGCAGGGACCAAGCCCCGCCCCGCCUGGCAGCAGCCGUCCCGGCUGCAACCCCAGCGGCCUCAGCCCUGCCCGCGAUACCCUCUGGCCCAGAGAGAUUCACCCUCGCCUUACCCCGAGAGAGCUUACACUCCCCUGAGUGGGACAUUCGGGGUAGAAAAGGCACAGCGUGGAGACCAGUGGGCAGUGCCUGUCUGUGGACAUCCAGAUCGCUGGUCCCCUUCCUCGGUCCCCACGGAGAAGUCUUCGGUGCCCUCACAAAAGUUCAGGCCGCAGUCAGCCUGUGUGUCUCCCCGGAAGAGAGACAGCAAUGAUCUGGUUGAGUCAUUAGCCAGUCAGUACUCCCAGCCCUCGGUCUCCAGCCGAGAGAUGCAGAACCAGCAUGCUCAAAUCCUCCAGAGCAAGCUGGAGGAGGCGGUGGUGUCCUUCAGGGACCAGAAGAUCCUGGCCCUCGUGCUGAACCGGCUCAAGAAGGCCCAGAGGAUGCGGGAACUGCAGCAGCAGGCGGCUGAGGCCUGGGAGGAGCUGAAACGUUCCGACCAGAAGGUGCAGAUGACUCUGGAGAGGGAGCGCCGGCUGCUGCUGCAGCAGAGCCAGGAGCAGUGGCAGCAGGAGAAGCGGCCGCGCAAACCCCGCGCCAGCCGUGAGCAGCGUGGCGGGCAGCAGGACAGCCAGGCCAAGAACGUGUUGCCAGGGGAGAGCCGGUGGAGGACGCCACUGGAGGACCAGGAGAACCUGCGCCAGGAGAAGCUGCAGAGGGCACACGCUCAGGCCGAGCGCCGGAAGCUGAGCCAGGUGCGGCGCCUGCGGGAGCAGGAGAAGAUGCUGCAGCACCUGCGGGAGCAGCACAGCCUGCAGUUGCAGAAGAGGCUGGAGGAGGCGUGUCGCAAGAGGCACCUGCACGCCAUGGAGGGCCAGAAGAAGGUCCAGGAAACCAACCUGAGCUCCCUCAUCAAUUACCAGGCCCGGAAGGUGCUCAUGGACAGUCAGGCCAAGGCUGAGGAGCUCCUCAGGGAGUUGUCCCUGGAGCAGAGUCACCAGAGGUCCCAAGAGAUCCACCAGGGCCUGAUGAAGGAGCGUCAUCGCGAGCUGAGGGAGAAGGCCCAGAAGGAGGAAGAGCAGUUACAGCAGGUCAAGUGGCGCGCGGGAGAGUCUGAGGAGCAGAGGAAGAUGCGCAAGAGGAUACUGGUGGAGCUGGCGGAUGAGAAGAUCCGGCAGGCCAGGAGCAACGUGCACAAGGCCACCAGGGACAAGGUGCAGCAUCUCCGGGAGCUCAACAUCCUGCGGGAGAAGAAUAAUCGCAUCCUGAAGCUGAAGGCUGAGAAGGAGGACAAGUGCCACAUCGAGGGCAUCAAGGAAGCCAUUGAGAAGAAGGGGCAGAGGAUGAAGCAGGUCUCCCAAGGGAAAGACCCGACCUUUUUGGAGUUCCAAAAGAUCUCCCAGGCCUCCAGGAGAGACGUGGGAGGGCGUCCCCACAGCUCCAUCGAUCCGAUGGUGCUAGAGGCCCAGCUCCAUGCCUGUCAGCAGAAAGGGCGCUACUGA